AACCAAAUGCCAAAAUCCAAAUUGAAUUAUUACCACUCUGCUCCAUUUUUCUACUUCUUCUACUGCUACUUCUCCAAAUCCAAUUAAUUAAUCUACCUUUUCAGACACACUCUCAAGUACUCAAUCACACACACACACACCCAAAUUCAAUUUCCAAAUCCAAUCAACAUCAUCACUAAUCUUCCACUCCCACUCCACUCAAUUUCAUCUCCGACAGCCCCAGAUUCUGCAUUCUCUCAUGCAGAUGUAGAUCUCUUCCUAAUUUUUCACACACACACACACACACGCACACACCCACUCUUACCGUGUGACAAAGCAACAGUCCCCACAAGCCCAGAUUCCAUUUCCAGCUGCAUUUACUUCCUCUGUUCUGAAUUUUUUUUCUUCUCAAUUCCAGAAGGAAAAAAAAUGCUACCUUUUUCCCUUUUCUUCCUUCUUCUUCCUCUGUUCCUUACAUCUGCAUUAUCUUCCUCCACCCUCCAGGUUAACCGGCGGAUUCUUCAUCAGCCCUUUUUCCCACAGGACUCCUUGCCUCCAUCUCAGCCUCCUAAUCCAUCUCCACCGGCACCGGCCACCGCCGACAUCCCAUUUACCCCGGCCAACAACUCAAACAACGCCCCUUUCUUCCCACUCUACCCUUCCCCUCCGCCUCCUCCGGCAGCUUCCGUCGCCUCCUUUCCUGCUAAUAUCUCCUCCAUUACCAUUCCCGACUCUCCCAAAUCCAAACGUGCAUCUUCCAAGCUUGUUGCUGGCGCCAUCGCCGCCGUGCUUGCCGCCGUCAUUGUUUUAGCGGUUGUCGUGUUUCUACACAUCCGCCGGCGGCGGCGGAGGGGGACGAGUUCCAGCAGCGACACUAAAACUCAGAGAUCGGAUACCAGCGGCCGGCCCAGCCACGCCAAUAACGGAAACGUACCGAAGCUUCAGAGGCCGUCGCAAACGAGCUCGGAGUUUCUGUACUUGGGCACUUUGGUUAAUACACAUGGAGCCAUUGACAAUAGCGUUAUGCAGCAACAACACCCGCGUGGCAGUAGCACCGGUGGCGAGAGCAGUGCAGCGAAUUCGAGAAAAUUCGACUCGCCGGAGCUCCGCCCUUUGCCGCCGCUUUAUGGACACAACACUGUUAGGCGAAAUUACGGUAAUGGCGAUGUGGGGUCCGCCACUACGGAAGAGGGUGAUGAGUUUUACUCGCCCAGGGGGUCUUUAGGUGGUCGAGAGAGCUCGAUUGGGACUGGAUCGGCGUCCCGGAGAGGGUUCCCUCCGGUAGAGGCGGAGACCUUGGGUCACUCUAGCUCUACUUCGUCUUCGUCUUCCAGUACUGGAUCAGAUUCUCCGGUGAGGUCCGUUUCUCCCAGCAUUUCCCCUCCGGCUAGUUUAAGUCCGAAAGUCUCCCGACCCAAGUCGCCGGAAUUAGUCGCUCUCGAGACUGUGCCUCAUCACGGAUCAUCUCCUCCUACGUUGUCAUUCUUUGACGUUCAAUUGGGUCAACAGAGAUUAUCUAAAUCGCCAUCGCCGACAAUUUCACGAUCGCCUUCACCGUCGCCGCCACGUUCACCAUCGCCGGGGAGAAUUUAUAAUAGAAGCAAAGAGUCAUCACCCAGAAUUUCAAAUGCUUCUGAUCAUAAUCCGGAGUCUCCAGUGAUUAUUCCCAGACUUGCUGAUCAACAUGUGGCAGCUCCGGUUCCGCCUGUUUCAAUUCCUCCUCCACCUCCGCCUCCUCCGCCACCGAGUAAGUACUGGGAAAGUCCCAGAACACCAUCUUCUGCAGCUAGCAAGAUAAUAACUCAGCCCCCUGCUUUAGUAACACCAUUAAGGCCUAUGUCUUUAGAGAGCCCAACAAUGAUAUCACCAAUGCAACUGCCUGGAAAUGCCGAACAAGUUGAGAAGGAUGAGGAUACUUUUGAAUUGAGACACAUAUCCAAAGAGAACGUCCAACAAGCCGAGGAGGGUCUCAAACCCCAGUUGAAGCCACUGCAUUGGGACAAAGUAAGAGCAAGUUCUGAUCGAGAAAUGGUGUGGGAUCAACUGCAGUCGAGUUCAUUCAAGUUGAAUGAGGAGAUGAUUGAGACAUUGUUUCUGAAGAUUCCUCCUCCAGCUCCUAAGGAAACAAUCCGAAAGCCAGUUCUUCCUUCCACAACCCAAGAAAACAGGGUUCUUGAUCCCAAAAAGUCCCAGAACAUUGCUAUCUCGCUGAGAGCCCUGAAUGUGACCGUGGAUGAAGUUUGUGAAGCCCUAAUUGAAGGCAAUGUAGAUACACUUGGAACUGAACUCCUUGAGAGUCUAUUGAAAAUGGCCCCCACUAAAGAAGAGGAGCGUAAAUUGAAAGAGUACAAAGAUGAUUCUCCAUUUAAGCUUGGACCAGCAGAAAAAUUUUUGAAGGCAGUUCUGGAUAUACCUUUUGCAUUUAAAAGAGUAGAUGCAAUGCUCUAUGUAGCCAAUUUUGAAUCUGAGAUUGACUACCUCAGAAAAUCAUUUGACACAUUAGAGGCUGCUUGUGAGGAACUAAGGAGUAGCAGGAUGUUCUUGAAAUUAUUAGAAGCAGUGUUGAAGACAGGAAACCGCAUGAAUGUUGGAACAAACCGAGGUGAUGCACGUGCAUUCAAGCUUGACACUCUCCUCAAGCUUGUGGAUGUGAAGGGAACCGAUGGAAAGACAACUCUUUUGCAUUUUGUUGUUCAGGAGAUAAUAAGAAGUGAGGGCGCCCGUCUUUCUAACCAAAACCAGGGUUACAUGGUCGAUGACGUCAAGUGUCGCAAGCUUGGGCUUCAGGUUGUAUCCGGGCUCAGUUCAGAACUCGCAAAUGUCAAGAAAGCUGCUGCAAUGGAAUCUGAAGUUCUCCAUGGUGAAGUUUUGAAGCUCGCUAGUGGAAUUGGGAAGAUUGCAGAAGUUGUGAGGUCAAUUGAAGCAGGAUCAGAGGAAAGCAGCAGUGAUAAGUUUUGUGAAACAACGUGGAGCUUUUUGAAGAUGGCUGAAGAGGAGAUUAUAAGGAUUCAAGCCCAAGAAAGUGUUGCAUUGACCCUAGUAAAGGAGAUCACAGAAUACUUCCAUGGAAACUCAGCUAAAGAAGAAGCUCAUCCAUUCAGAAUAUUUUUGGUGGUAAGAGAUUUCCUGACUAUUCUUGAUCGGGUUUGCAAGGAAGUUGGAAUGAUUAAUGAGCACACUAUAGUUAGCUCAGCUCACAAAUUUCCAGUUCCAGUGAACCCAAAUCUACAGCCAAUAUCCAGUGUAUUCCCUGGAAGGCUACAAAGCAGUUCUUCAGACGAAGAUAGCUCCUCGGCAUAGUUUAGGAUAGUGGCCAGGCGAAAUAAUUUAGGUAUUUUUGUAUGUAAGUCAUAAUGUAUAACAAUUCUAUAAACUGUUAGUCCAGUAGAUAUAUAAUAUACGUGUAGAGAGGAGAUCUUCUCUUUACAGGAAUGAACAAGUAGCUGUAGACCUCGGAAGCUUUGAAGAGCUUUUCUAAAUAAAUACACAUAAAUUAAGGAGUAUCUUUUGGUAUUAUUUUUUAUUCGGAAAUGAGACAAUGGCGAAAGCGCUUCAGAUGUUUGAUUCAUUUCCUUCAUAAUUACCUAUAAAUUUUAACUCAAAUUACUCAGAG